UGUUCACACUUCUCACAUUUCUCAUGAACGUUGUUGUUUUAAGCUUAGGCCUAUAUUUGUGGGAUUGUCAAAAAUCCGAAUAAGGGUCAACCAUAUAUAUAAGGAGAAGUUCAUUUUAGGGCUUUUUACAAAAACAACUAACUUUUCAAUUUGGUUAUCUUUCAUAUGAGACAAAGUUUUCUAUUUUAAAUUACGAUGCACUCUAGUGAUAUUAUCUUUUAUAACCUAGAUCUAAAUAGAGUUGGCAUCUUCUUCUUCAACGCCAAAUUCUUCUUCUUCAUCCUCCUCAUUUUAUGAAUUCCUCUAACUCUCACCUGCAACCACCAAGCUUUUACCUGCAAAUACCUCCGAUCACACCAGCUUCUCCUCAGGCGGAGUGCGUCAUUAUUGGUGACCUACAUCAAGCGGCAUCGGCAAUCUCCUAGAUACGACGAUGAUCUCCUAGCAACAUCAAUGGGAUCUCGUAGUAACAACGGCGGCGAUCUCGUAGCAACAACGGCGGCGACCUCGUAGCGAUAAUGGCGGCAAUGAUCAUUUUUAAUUAUUGAUAUGCUUGCCUCCUUUUUUUUGUUUUUUAUUUAACUUAUUUUUCCUCCGUUGCCUAACAUAUACAUUUUAACCAGUGUGUAACCUCCUUGAUUAAUUUAUUUUCAUAUUACUAGUUAUUAUUAAUUUAUUCUUUAUUUAUAUUUUUGAUGCAGUAAUGGAUAAAAAAAAUGGAAAAUGGGUUGCUACGCUGGAGUUGUAUUAUUGUUAGAAAUCAAUUAAUGUAAUAGCCAGGGAAUAUCUGAAUAUUUGGUGGCUUCAUAAAAUGCAAAUUCAUUAACUUGGAGAAUAUUUGCAGCAGAUCCACCAACUUCAAGUUCAUUACAAUUACUUACAGCACAUUGUAGAAGAGAAAUAUCGAUGAAAAUGGCAAUUUAAUCCUUGCGAUGAAGUGUGAUGUCAAAAUCAUGAAAUCUAAUAGUUAGAGCUAUUACCAUAGUUUUUUGAGAAAAUUACAAGUAUGGGCCAAUACCGGGCCUUUCUUUCAUUUUUGCUAAGGGUGCCCAAUUCUUUCAGCUAUGCUAACUUUUCUUUUACAUUAAAUGUCACUAAACGGUAAAAUAUUACAUUUCAUACGCACUCCAUACCUGCCCUACACCUGUCCUCUCUGAUUCAGUUUUCUUUUACCUUUCUCUUCUAUUUCGUUUCACUGAUAACCGCCAUUGUUAAGCAUUUUAUUUGAAAUUUCUUUCAACUUCCACGUUCCUUGCGACAGCUUCCUUAUCUACCCAUUAAAUCCUAUUUUCCGCUCCAUUUAUUUCUCUGUAACUGUUUUUUCUUUUAAAAAAAAUCACAUUUAUAUACCAUUAUAUAUAGUACAAUGGUUGUCUCUACUAGAUCAACUCCAACCUCUGAUAAGGAAAAACUAAAAUACCUAGGAUAAUGAAACUCAAAAUUGUGAAGAAAACCAGUUCAACUGGUGAUGGUGGUGUCAAAGCAGAAAUGGUGGAUUCUAAGAAGAAGGGUAAGGCUCUAGGGACUGGUCCUUCAAAAAAAAAGAAAACUGGAGUUUGAUACUGUGAAGGAGGAUAAGGGAGUUAUUAUUGUGGAGCCUAGUCGUAUUGUGAAGAAUUGGGAUUAUUGGCUUCUUGAUGAGCAGCGUUACAGUUGUCGGGUGACUAUGGGCACAAAGUUUAAAGUUAUUGAGGAUAUCAAGAAAAGUCUAUCUGCCCGGCAAUUGGAACUUCUUGGUGAGACUUUUCUUGGUCAUUUUCUAGAAUUAAAACCAAUCCUCAAUCAGCUACAAUUGCUUCAUUCCAUUUUGAUGCGUGAGAUGAAGAACUCAAAUACUUCCGAGCUUUGGGUAAAGAUUUCUGGUUAUAAGUUGAGGUUUAGUAUCGAGGAGUUUGCUGUCGUUAGUGGGUUAAGGUGUGUGGGCGAGUGUAACACCCUUUCAAUUUCAACUUCUGAAAAUACUCUGAUCCAAACGUACUUUCCUAACUGUGAGGUUACUAGAGAUGGUUUGGGUUUUUUAAUACUGAGUAAGGCAUUUAAGACUGAUGAAGAUGCUGUGAAGUUGGCUGUGAUAUACAUGUAUGAGUGUUUUUUGUGUUCUAAUGAAUCAACAUACCAACAUGUCAGUCGGUUUUUAUUGGAUAUGGUGGAUCGUGGUGAUUAUAAUUCGUUUUCUUGGGGAAUAUUGGUGUUUCGUGCUACUAUUUGCGAUAUGAAGAACCGAGCUGCUGCAAAGAAGAUUCUUCAAUUUUACAGGCUUAAUGGCUUUUCGUUGGCGUUGCAAUUGUGGUUUUAUGAAGUUUGUCCAUAUGCGACCAACAAAAUAUGCCUGUUAGAUGAAUCUGCUCCUUCUGUGCCGCGAAUGUUGAAGUGGUACAAUGUUGAUAUGAAAUUAAAGAAGAAGUACUUAAAUGAAACUUUUUAUUGCCAAUCACGGGAACAGUUGCAGUUGAAGAAUAUUACUCCUACGCUUAAAGAGAAAUCUACUCUGAUGCUAACUGGUUUUUUCCAAUCUGGGAAGAAAAAACUUGUUGAAGAUGUUGAAGAUUCAAGUGAUGAUGAGCAAAUUCUAGGCGAUUUCAUUAAACUGAAGAAGGGUGAAUCGUCAAAGCAAAAAAAGAGUUUUGAUAUACUGAAGAAUCGAUUGGAUUUGAUUGCUUCCAGCCAGGAAAAAACUUUUUCAUGCAUUCAAAAGCAACUGAAUUGUGUGAUUGAUGCAAUUCAAUUGAUUAGAAAACGUUUAGCCAUUGAUCAACAUUUUUUGUUUGCUGGUGAUGUUGAUCUAAAUAAUGCUGCAAAUGUUAAUGUCAAAGAUGGCUAUGUCAAAGUUGGCGAAGAGAAUGAAAAAGAAGUUUUUAAUAGAACUACGGCUGCUGCUAAGAAGCAAUUUGUCGAUGAUCUAUUUACUGAGAUGCAGGAUGUUGAGAAUGCUGCUAUGCAUGCUGAUGUAUCUGGUCAUGAUGCUUUUGUGCCUGACCUGAAUUUUUCUAAGGUUCAAGAUAAUGCUGCCAAUAAUGACGAUGCUGUCAAUAAUGACGAUGCUGCCAAUAAUGACGAUGAUGCUAAUAAUGAUAAUUCUGGACCUGCGUUGACUGAAAUUGAGAGCGAUGGUAUUGUAAGGGACUUAUCCAUGGGUGAUAAGCAAGACACUGAGGAGAAUGAAUAUGGUGGAGCUGGUUUGGGGGGUAAUGUUAAUGAGAAUGUUGUUGGGAAUAGAAGAGAAGUUGAUAAUGAUGGUGGGGCUGGUCUCAGUGUUUUUCCUGCGAGUGAUACUCUUCCAAAUUUAUCUGAGCUUGUUUUUGAGAAGGAUAAGGGUGGUACUUCUUCUCAUAUUGUGGCUGAUGACAUUACACCACAAGAUACAAAGAGGAUUGUGAGGCCAAGUCGUUUGGUACAAUCUCCUUUUCUUGCCCAAUUUAGUUCUGGAGAUAGUGAAGUUAAGGAUGUUGGAGAUUGUUUUGUUAUGAGUAGGCUGUUUGUUUUUGAUAAAAACAUUGGGGAUCUACUUAUGUGUGCCCAAUUGGUGGAGUACAAAAAAUGGAUUAAUUAUGGAAAAUUGAAGAUUGCUAGACCGAAAGAAGGAAGGUAUUGCAAGGAAGUUGUGAGCAAAAUUGAGCCGCCCUUUGAUUUUGGUGUUGGUGAAGUUAGUACGAAAGAUUGGUUUCACAUAAUUCAUUUCGGGAAUAUGCCUCUAGAAGAUUUGCAUGUGGAUCUGUUGUUUUAUUACUUGAGGAAAAAAAGGGAAGUAUGACCAGAGUUUGACAAUGAAGUUUACAACAACGGACACUUUAUUUGACCAAAAUUUUCAAUCAUUUGCAAAAGUCUUUGUGGAAGGUGUAUU